UGUGCCUCCGACCGGUCCCAUAUAUUCCUCCCCCCCUUUUUUUCCACUUUUCCCUCCACUCGGAACUACUCCGUCUACUCCGUGGGUGUCAUACGUCCCUUUACAUUGCGCUUCUCGGCUCUUUGGCUCGCUUCUCGCGCCAACGCUAGCCGCCCCGUUCCCAUCUCCACCCCCCAAACUCAACUCAACCUUCCCGCUGCCAGCCUCUUUCUCCUCCUCCUCCACCCCCCUCUUCCCUCGUCCGACCUUUUGCCUCAUCCAAUUUCCGUCCUUUUCCCACCCCAUCCACCAAAUUUGAUCCAGCCAAGCUUUCGUCGCUUUAUUCGACCCGCUCCAUUACUAUCAUCGGGCUAGCUGCCUGGUGUCAUCCACCAAGCAGCAAUCGCGCCUUCUAGCGAUCGCAGUAGAUCGUUCGUAUAGCAACCUCGUUUCUUUAACUUGAUUACCGUCUUCCGAUUCCCCGUCAACCUCCAGCCAUGUACAACACUCACCGCGGGAUGGUGCCCGCCCCCAACUCCCGCCUGACGGAGUUGCUGGACCAACUGCGCCAGGAGUUCGAGAGCCAGUCUCGGAGCACCGGUGAAUAUGAACACCAGUAUCACGCAGUAACCGGACAGCUCCAGGAGAUGGAGAUGAUCCGCCAGAAGGUAUACCAGCUGGAGCAGACUCAGAUCAAAAUGAAGGCAGACUACGAGGCUGAAAUCCGAAUGUUGCGACAUGAACUCGAGCAGCGCGGCGUGCAACCGGUCACUUCGCAUAUCGCGCCCGCGCAGCACACCGGUCCUCAGGCGCAACCACCUUCAUUGGGCCACGGCCCCAGCAACUUGUUUGGUGGUAUCAUGACCAACCAAGGAGGUAGUGGUCCCGGUCUUGCCCCUCCCCCCUCCCAGGAUCAGCAGCCAUCCCAGCAUACCCUUCAACAGCCUGCCUCGGCCGCCCAGCCUGGUGCGCCGCAGCCCCCGCAGAGCUUCCCUGGAGGAUAUCAGCCUGGCGCUGCUGUGAACGGCUACGGACCUCCCCCUCCUCCAACUGCAUCCCCUGGCCCCGGUAAGAGUCGUCGCACUGCCCCGGGUCCGGCCACCCCUCAGCAGACUCAGAUCGCCUACCCGGAUCCUCGCGCCUCGCCUCAGAUCCCUCGCCCUACUCCCCCUAAUCAGUCCCUCGUGCGCGCCGAUCGCCCCGGUAACAUGCUUGCCAAUUGGGACCCGGCGGACCUUCCCGCGUCGCAAAAGCGCGAGGGUUCCGAUUGGUAUGCCGUGUUCAACCCGGAGGUUCAGCGCGUGCUGGACGUUGAUCUGGUCCACCAUCUUAACCACGACAGCGUGGUUUGCUGUGUUCGGUUCAGCCGUGACGGCAAGUACCUGGCGACGGGCUGCAACCGCUCAGCACAGAUCUUCGAUGUGACCACUGGUCAGAAUGUGGCCACCCUGCAGGAUGAGAAUGUUGACAAGGAUGGUGACCUUUACAUCCGCAGUGUUUGUUUCAGUCCGGAUGGCAAGUACUUGGCCACCGGUGCGGAGGACAAGCAGAUUCGGGUCUGGGAUAUUGCUGCGCGUACCAUCAAGCACAUCUUCAGCGGCCACGAGCAGGAUAUCUACUCCCUGGACUUUGCUGGCAACGGUCGCUACAUUGCCUCGGGCAGUGGCGACAAGACUGUCCGUCUCUGGGACAUCCUGGAUGGCAAGCUCGUCUACACCCUGAGCAUUGAGGACGGCGUCACCACCGUGGCCAUGUCCCCCGAUGGUCACUACGUGGCAGCCGGUUCGCUGGACAAGAGUGUGCGCGUGUGGGAUACCACCACUGGCUACCUGGUGGAGCGUCUGGAGAACCCUGACGGCCACAAGGACAGCGUGUACUCGGUUGCCUUUGCGCCCAACGGUCGCGACCUGGUCAGCGGUAGUCUGGACAAGACUAUCAAGUUGUGGGAGCUUACCGUCCCGCGGGGCAUGCACCCUCACAGCGGCGUCAAGGGCGGCAAGUGUAUUCGCACCUUCGAGGGCCACAAGGACUUUGUGCUUAGCGUGUGCCUGACGCCCGAUGGCCAGUGGGUCAUGAGUGGCUCGAAGGACCGUGGGGUCCAAUUUUGGGAUCCCGUCACUGGAAAUGCGCAGAUGAUGCUGCAGGGCCACAAGAACUCUGUCAUCUCGGUGGCCCCCGCCCCGACCGGUAACCUCUUCGCGACUGGCAGUGGAGACAUGCGUGCACGGAUCUGGAGAUACUCGACGUACACAGGACGGUAAAAGGAAUCGGCUCAACCACGGCGCAAUAUGACUUUACUUGCUUGGAUUCCUGCGUAGCCAGGUUGGGGCUUGAAUUUGACGGUGUCUUUAUGUUAUCCCUGUUACAAACCUCUUGUCGUUCUUCUGAUAUCUUUUUUUUUGGAUCAAAUAUCUGGUGCUUUGUCCUUGAAUAAUGCACAUGCACAGUGUUCGUUCUUUCGGAGUAGACUAGUAA